GCAUGCAGUAAUCAGGGUUAAGGUAGUUCAUCUAACAUAUCUUAAAACAUAACAUGCAAAUAUAUGGCAACUCCUUCAAGACAGUGGCAGACAGAGUAUUCAAAUAGACAGAGGAGGAAAUAGUUUUGUUUAACUGAAUGGGUUGUAAAUGGUUUAUCAGCAAGUUUCUCACGUCCGCAAACAGAAGGGCUAUCUAUUACUGUUUGUGUCAGUUCCUUGUCGGUGUCAAAUGUUGUUUUUUAACCAAGAUAAACAUCUCUGCCAUUGUUCCAAAUGAAACAGAGCACCUACUCUCUCCCACAUAAUCCUUGCUGAGGUAUUUAAACCCCAGAGCAAGAGGGAGUGCUGUUCUUUUUUACUGAGAUGCCCAACUAGGCUGGGUGUUCAUGAUGCGGUUUCUCAUGAUCUUGCUGGCAAGUAUUACAUUGCAUACUCUUGUGUGCAUCUGUAGCAAUGUUUGUCCAAAGAAGUGUGUGUGUGAUAGUGCAAAGUCAGUGCAGUGUUUCAGGUUGCAGUCUUUUCCCACUGGAAUCACUAAAGAUGUGAGGAAACUAAACCUGGGAUACAACCACAUCAAGCAACUAAAGGGUAGAGACAUAUCUGGCCUGACAGAGCUGGAGGAAGUGAUCAUUUCAUCCUGUGGAGUGGAGGUGGUGGAGGCCAAUGCUCUCAGGGCUCAGGGGCUACUAAGAAGCCUGGAUCUACAGAAGAAUAAACUGCAUCAGAUCCCCCGUGGUCUCCCACCCAGCCUGGAGACCCUCAACGUGGGCCACAACAGGAUCACAGGCCUCCAGGAGUCUGUCUUUGAGGGGCUGAAGAAACUACGUCUGCUUGAUCUUCAGAAUAACCAGAUCACCAACCUGCGUUCCAACACCCUCUCCACCCUGGAGAAGUUGGAGUGCCUUUACCUGGAUGGAAAUCAAAUUGAGACAGUGCAAGGUGCUCUGAGACUCCCCCAACUGAAUCUGUUGAGCUUGGGGAACAACAAGAUCCCCUGUUUUCCCUCAUCCUUUUUCACACCACUACAGUCCUUGACGACACUGCGUUUACCAGGGAACCUCCUAUCAAGAGUCCCACUCGAUCUCCCUCACGCCCUGUCCUACCUGAACUUGGACAGGAACCAAAUACGAGCACUGAGAAACCGCGAGAUGGGCCAACUCCGCAACCUCACGUCUCUGUCUGCGUCCUACAAUAGGUUGGUUUCUGUGGACGGUGGCCUUCGCUUGCCCAACCUCACAGUGCUGGAACUGCCAGGAAACCACCUGAGGGUGCUGCCCAGUAGACUGAGCCCCAAACUGGAAAGACUGGACUGCAGACAGAACUCCAUCCAGGAAGUCACCUUCCAGCACCUGUCUGGAAUGAAACAGCUGAAGCAUCUCUUCCUAGAGAAUAACACAAUCUGGAACUUUGAAGCUAAUGCUCUGAGGAACAGCGUUCACAUAACCAACCUGGCUCUGGAACAGAACCUCCUCUCCUCUAUUCCAGACGGGCUUCCAGAGAGUCUGAUCCGCCUGGACUUGAAAGGGAACCGCAUCGAGGCCGUCCAGGAGCAGGAGCUGAGAUCCCUGAAGCGCCUGCAGGUGUUGAACUUGAGGAGAAACAAGCUGACCUCCCUCCCCCAGAUCACCCUGGACCUGCUUCCCCGGCUGAGGACCGUCUACCUAGACGGGAACCCCUGGAACUGCAGCUGUGAGCUCCUGGGGGUCAAGAGGACCCUGCUGGCCAGGAGGGUGGAGAUCCCUAAAGAGCUGUGUAACGAGCAUGUGAGUGCGCCGGGGGACAGCUGGAGAGCGUACCUGAUGGCCCAGGACAGAUGUGAGGAGUACUUCAUGGAAACCGCACCUGAGGACCAAGUGGAGCAGACAGACACUGAGGAGUAUUAUGACUAUGAUUCGUAGAUGGAGAAAAUAAAUGUAGCGGGGGAAUUUCAUGUUUAGCUGAACAUACUGGGUAUUUUGAAUGUUUUAACAUUUUACUGUAGUUUGGCAAUUAAUACUAAGGAAGUUACCUUUAGCUGUGUAGUCUAUAGAAAAACAUUGAACUACUGUAUUAACAAACAGCCAUUGCAAUAUACAUUGGUAAAUAGGUUGAUGUAGAAUAUACCUUAAAUACCUAAUGUAUAAUAACAUAAUAAUAAAUAAACAAGUAUAUCAUUA